AUGUCGGCAUCUCCUCUCACGCUCGUGGUGCGCCCGCGUGGUCGCCCGAUCAAGGGCCUCCCCGAGACUGUCACCGUUGAUUCGGAUGCCCCUGCGUCAGAGAUCCUCCGGAAGAUCGCGACUGUUUCAAAGUAUUCGAUCCACCGAUUGAGAGUCACGAAGGGCAGCGACGGAUCAGCUGUCCCUAACGCCGCAGGGAUCACGGUGCACCAGACGGGCCUAAGAAACAAGAGUGCUGUGGACGUCAAGGAUCUUGGUGCUCAAAUCUCCUGGAGAACCGUCUUCAUCAUCGAGUACCUCGGCCCCCUCCUCAUCCACCCGCUCAUGUACCUCGCUCGGCCAUGGAUAUAUGGCACCAACGCACCUGCUUCGCAACUACAGAAGCUCACGCUCAUCAUGUGUGUGCUGCACUUCGCAAAGCGCGAGUACGAGACCCUCUUUGUCCACCGUUUCUCGUCCGCGACAAUGCCAGCAAGCAACAUCGUCAAGAACAGCGGCUACUACUGGCUUCUGUCUGGUUUCAACCUGGCAUACUGGUCAUAUGGACCCAGCAGCCCCACAGCUCGACCGUCGAAUCCACCGCUUACCUACCUCGGAGUGGCUUUGUUCGCGAUUGGCGAGAUCUGCAACUACCGCACACACCUGACGCUCAAGAACUUGCGUCGUCCAGGCAGCACCGACCGAGGUAUUCCGCAGGGUCUUGGCUUCAAUCUGGUGACAUGUCCUAACUACAUGUUCGAGGCGAUUGCGUGGAUUGGCGUGGCGCUUGUCAACUGGAGUCUGAGUACAGUCAUCUUCAUCAUUGUUGCCGUGGGCCAGAUGGGUAUUUGGGCGUGGAAGAAGGAGAAGAGGUACCGCAAGGAAUUCGGCGACAAAUACAAGCGCAAGAGGUACGCCAUUCUGCCUGGUCUCUGGUGA